AUGUCGACACCCGGCGACGACAAGAAGCCCCUCAUGUUUAUCCAGCUUGCGCGAAAGAGUGUUCAAAUCCACACUGGCAUAGUGAACACCUUGUUUGGCAUCUGUGUCUUCGCCAUCGCCAUUACCACCUUCGCCUCCAACUCCUCCUCCACGGCCUCAUGUCUUGCUCCUAGCCCCCCAAGCGACCCUGCCUGCAACCCAACCAAGAUGCGUGGGUACAUCAGCAUGUGUGAGCGAUGGCUAGCGUGUUUCAUCGUUCUCUCCUUGAUCUCCAUCAACGUGGUUCGGAUCCUCGUCGAGAGUGCGCACGAGGCCCACCAAUGGGUCGCCAAGGAGGAGGAGGCCAAGUACAAGGCCGCCAAAGACGCCUACGAGCUGGCCAGACGCAAGCUCGAGAAAUUCAACGGGCCCCUCUCCCACCGCAACCGCGAGGCGCGCGAUCCCGCGGCUGAGCAGCCGCACCUUGGUGCGGCGGCUCUGAAUGCCGCGCAGGAGGAGCACGACAGGCUCUUCACCGACGAGAAGCUCGCAAAAAGGGAGAUGAAAAGGUUAGUGCAGAAACAAGGCAUGGAGCGGAUUGAGGGAUGGCCGUUGGUUGUGAUCCGUGGUUUGUUCUUCUUCUCGGUUCUUUGCUCCCAGAUUUCUUGCGGGUUUGCAACAGCAGGCUUCUAUUACUCCAGGCAGAUAGAGUCGCGCUGUGCUCUCGGUCCGCUUGAUAUCCUUGCUUUCGUGUUGAUUGGAAUCGUUUCACUGCCGUACCAUUUGUUCCUUUUCUGGGUUUCUCUGCGCGGGAACUAA